AUGAAUAAUGAUGAUAUUGUUUCGGAUAUUAUUUCAUUAAUACAUUCAACAACAAAAUCAAAUUAUAUUAUUUGUUCACAACUUUCAUCAAAAAUAUUUUCUUAUUUAUCACAAAUUAAUUUACAAGAUAAUCAAUGGAAUGAAUUAAAUAAAGCUGUUGAACGUUUUGAGCAAAAUAUUGAUCAUCCUGAUCUUCAUCAAUUUCAACAAUUAAUUGAAACAAUAAGUAUUUGUUCAAAUGAUUAUGAAGAACGAAAUUAUACAUUAGGACGUGAUAGAAAUAUACUUAAUGAUUCGAUUAAUCAAUUACGAGAUUUAUUAAAAUCUCAUAUUGAUCUUCAUUGUUUUUUACUUGCUAAAUUAAUUCAACAACAAAAUAUUCGAGUAUAUUUGAUUGAUCUUAUGAAUUUAACUGGAAUGAAUGUUGGAAAUCAAAUUCAUGGUAUUCUAUGUGAUAUUGUUCGAUUUCUAUGUCAAAUUGAUCCAACAUUUGCUACUUCAAAUGUAAUCGAUCAUCCAAUUCUAUUAAAUUGUAUUCAAAUUAUUCAAACAAAUACUAACAAUAUUUAUUCAAAAGGUGAUAAUACUAAAUCAACGGUAAUAUCUGCUCUGAAUCUUCUGACGAAUCUUCUUUUAACAAACGAACCAUUUCCAGUGAAUACUAACAGUCAAUUAUCUAAUUCUAUAUUUUUAAAAUGUAUAUUUCAAUUGAUUGAAAAUAAUCAUGAUGAUGAUGAUGAUAAUGAUGAUGAAUUAGUUUUGUCAUCAAUAAAAUUUUUAUUAUCAUUAAAUUUACGUUUUGAUUAUCCAAAUCAAAAUCCUAUUAUACGUACAUUAAUAGCUAUAAUUGAACAAAUAUCAUGUCAAUAUUUAAUUGAACGACUGAUUUUAUUAUUCAAUCGAAAUAUUGAUCCAAUUGAACAUAAAACAACAAAUUCAGUGAUAAAAUUUCUCGCUGAUUUAUUUGAUGAUCAAAAUACGACAAGUGAUAUACUUUUAUUUGAUUCUGAUCGACGUUUAAUUAUUGAAAUUAUAAGUAGAGAAUUAACCGAUCGUUUAUGUACUGAUGAAGCUACAACAGCAUAUCUUUCAUUAUUAGAAUUAAUUCUUCGUAAACACACACUCACACAUGAAAAUUGUUCACGUUAUGAUGAACUUCAAGCAUGUUUUCAAUCAUAUCUUUCUACAGAAAAUUGUUUGCAUGAAAAUCGUUUUAUUAUAAAUGAAAUCAUUCGACAACAUGAUUGGUUAUCAAUGAUUUGA